GUCUCAAGUAACGUACCAAUUUAAAAUAGCGUGAUAAUUCGGUAAAAUAUCGUUUAGUAAUGCCUGAAGAAAAUAAACCGAUAAAAGUUAAAAUUAUAAGCAUGGGGGAUGAAGAGACGGGGAAGUCCUGUCUGAUCAAACGGUUCUGUGAGAAACGUUUUGUUUCAAAGUACUUACCAACCAUCGGUAUAGACUACGGUGUAUUCAGAACCAAGGUAGAAAACAAAGAGCUGCGCGUUGAUAUAUUUGACAUGUCUGGAAAUCCUUCAUUUUACGACAUUCGAAAUGAGUUUUAUAAAGAUACAAAUGGUGUUAUUUUAACUUUUGACGUAACCAAUAGGAAAACUUUUGAAAAUCUGAUUCGCUGGGUUCGCGAGUUGCAUUUCGAAUCCGGUGAAGCUAAUUCGGUUACAUCUCCAGUCAUAAUUGUCUGUGGUAACAAGGUAAUGCUAUAUUUCUCCAUUAACAUGUUUACUUAAAUUUAUCGAGCUAGUAUCUUCAUAGAUUAAGCGUACUUUACCCUAUUCGAGCGCAAAUGUAUGUCUUGGUUUUUAGGUAGACGAUCUUACAUUUAUUAUGUGAUAUCUAAAGUUGGAAGGCGUUCUGGGUUCGGCUUACAUAAAAGAAUGAUCAGAUCAAAUUUUCGGGAAGUUUCUACGCUUUAUCAAUUUCUCUCUGUUUUCUUAACUUUUAAAUAUCUCCUCACAUCACAAUGUAACUGUCUUGGCCUUCCUUCUCAAGGAAUUCAGUGUGGAUUGGUUGAUAAAGCGCACAGAUCGGUGACGUAUUAUGAAGUUUCUGAAUGGGCAGCAGUACAUCAGUAUCCAUACUUUGAAACAUCAGCACUUACUGGUCACGGAGUCACAGAAGCCUUUAAUACUUUGUUUGAAAGUAUCAUUAAUCCAGACGUAUAUCAAUCUUGUAUAUCAAAUCAAAUGAAAUUGAAUAACUACCCUAAACAAUCCAACAUACCUUCUUCAUUAUCAUCAAAUUCUUCAUUGAAAUCAAAUAAAAAUGAACAAUUUAAAGUGACAUAUCAAAAUCUUUUAGAAAUAAAUCGAAUUAAAAAUGCUAAAAAUAAUUAUGAACGAUUAGGGAUUAGUAUAACAGCUAGUAGCGAAGAAAUUCAAAAAGCAUUUCGUCGUUUAGCUUUUAUUCUACAUCCUGAUAAAAAUAAUACACCAGGAAGUGAAGAAGCAUUCAAAAUAUUAGUAAAAGCAAAAGAUUCUUUACUCUCAUUAUCAAAUGGAUCCGGUUGGUUCACUUCUAAAUUUUAAUCGUAGCAGUUAUUUUGUUUCCCUACAAUAAUUUGUCAUUAUUGACAAUAAUAAACUGUGAUACUACUUGUGAGUUAUAUCCUUUCUAUGGAUUAUACGUAGAUUUGUAUAUUUUAUUAUAAAAUAUAAACUACUUAUAAGUAGAACAAUUUAUUUUACUAAAUAUUUAAUCCACGAUUUGUGUUCAAACUCUUGAUGUACGUGUUGUACGUGAAUGAAGUCUAUUUGGUAAACUGAAUAUCAAUAAUAUUUAUUCGUAGAUUUUCAACUUCAUACUCAUUUAGAGAUUUGUAUCUGCAUUACAUAUUCUAAAGUAUUAGUUUAAUUUUAC